AGGAAAAGAUCCACCAUUCUGUUUUCUUGCUCUGUUGCAUGUGCUACUUUGGCUUGUAGUAAUGACCAUUCACUUCCUGCUCUAUCUUCAACACAAUCAUCUUUUUCUUCAUGGCUACUUGCAGUUUUGUCAUACAACAAAAAACCUAAGACUAGUGCCACCACUGGUUUUAGCUUUUGGAAAUGCGAUUUUCUUGGUGUUCUUUUCAAUAAUGGAUCAUGCUUGGGCUCAAACAACUUUCCGCUAUUAUUAUUUUCUGCAAAUUGUUUACUCGUUGGAGUUUCUUGUUGUUUUUCCAUUGGUAAUUUAUUACAUAGUAAAAGUGUUGAAAUUUCAACGAGAGGGAAGCAUGCCUGACUGUUACAUGGCUGCAGAAAACAAUUUUCAAAUGGAAGUUGAGGGAGAAGUUGGUUACAGCGAUGGCGUAUGGCCAAAUGAUGUUCUGGAAAAGCAAGCUGAUAUGAUUCGAUAUUUAAGACAGCAUAACGAAAACCUAUCUAGACGGCUUCUAGGGCAAAGACAUGCUGAAUGCUGAGUGAGUGAUCAUGGUAACAUCUAGCAGGGCUGGCCGGAUUAGCCAUUGAAGCAAACUCCUGCAUUCAUAUAAAUUAUCGAUAAUAUAGGUUAUAUCAAUAGCUUGUGGAAUGAUAUUGGUAAAUUAUCUAGUUCAAAGUAUAUAUUUGAACGGCAUUAGCCUAAAAUGUACGUGCCGGCGGAUAUUAAAGAAAUACUUUCUGUGUCGGACAUACGUUAAAAAAUUGCACGUACGCGUUAAGCCAGUGACAAUGUAAAAGAAGAAAGGUGACAGUUUCGGCAAAUUAAUUUAGCCAAAAGAUCGAAUGCUAAUUCAGACUUUACACCUGGGUCGCACCCAACAGUACUUAGGUGGAACUUGGCUGAAUGUCGUUUUUCUUGCCAGUGUUUUCCAGGGGGUCGACCAGCAGUCAAAAAACUUUGAAUAACAUUAAACUUUAUCAUGCCAGGCAAGAGUAAAAAAGAGUUGUAUAGAUGUGACCAUAUUUACAAGCACCAGACACAUCCAAUGAUGAAAAAUGAACCAUUUUUAUAAACACGAUAACUAGCCAGGUUUUAACGCUAGAACGAUGGAAUUGCAUUUAUUUAGUAAAUAUUUUUGCUUCGAAGCAGAACCUACAAUAAAUAAAACGCUUGCAGUAUUCAUUUUUUUGCAGGAUAUAAAUAAAAAAGUUUAACGAUAUUG